AUACAUUAAUUUUUCUUUUCCUCAGUUUAGGGUUGCUAAAGCUCUAAUCCUGAAGGAAGUACUCAAGAAAAAUGACUCACUGGUUUCAUCGAAACCCUUUGAAGGCUACAGCUCCUGUGUCUUUCAAUUACUAUGGAGUAGCCACUACUCCUGCUGCAACAAAGAUAUGCAAUGAUUUAAGGUUAUCAAGAACACGGCUCCUGGAGCUUUUUACAGAUUUGAGUAGUACUCCAGAAAUGAUGAAAAAUUCAACUGAUACUUAUUUUUCACUCUUGAAAGGGUUUAUAGUUUCACUGGAUGACUCUUCACAAGACAGCAAGCUGAGAUACAUUCAGAAUUUUAAGUGGACAGAUACCUUACAAGGACAAGUACCAUGUGCCCAACAAGAUGCUGUAUUUGAGCUUGUUUCCAUGGGAUUUAAUGUGGCUUUGUGGUACACUAAAUAUGCAUCCAGGCUGGCUGGGAAAGAGGACAUAACAGAAGAUGAAGCGAAAGAUGUCCACCGAAGUUUGAAAAUGGCAGCUGGGAUUUUUAAACACUUAAAGGAGAGUCACAUCCCUAAAUUGAUCACUCCAGUAGAGAAGGGACGAGAUUUAGAGGCUCGGCUUAUAGACGCCUACAUCAUCCAGUGCCAAGCUGAAGCACAAGAAGUGACAAUUGCCCGAGCUAUUGAGCUGAAACACAAUCCUGGUCUAAUAGCUGCUCUGGCAUUUGAAACAGCCAAUUUCUACCAAAAAGCAGAUCAAACACUGUCAAGUCUGGAUCCAGCAUACACAAUUAAGUGGCGAAAAUACCUUCAUUUGAAGUGCUGUUUCUAUAUGGCCUAUGCUUACUGCUACCAUGGCCAAACCCUGCUGGCUAGUGAUAAAUGUGGAGACGCAAUACGAUCUCUGCAAGAAGCAGAAAAAUUUUUUUCCAAGGCGGAAGCAUUGUGCAAAGAAUAUGGUGAAACCAAAGGACCUGGAACUACAGCUAAGCCUUCUGGCCAUCUCUUUUUUAGGAAACUUGGAACUCUGGUGAAAAACACCUUGGACAAAUGCCAGCGAGAAAAUGGAUUCAUUUAUUUCCAGAAGAUCCCUCCAGAGGCUCCUCAGUUGGAGCUAAAGGCAAACUAUGGUCUUGUUGAGCCUAUUCCUUAUGAGUUCCCUGCUGUGCAUGCACACUGGACACUAGAAUCCCUUGCUGCAUUUGAUCUCACCAAGAGGCCAAAGGAGGAUAGUGCUAAACCGAAGCCAGAGGAAGAAGUAAAACCUGUGAAAGAGCCAGAUAUAAAACCUCAAAAAGACACUGGGUGCCAGAUUUCUUAAGCCCCACAAGUGCAUUGAAUACCUCUUGUGAGCUGCAUUUAGUGAACUCUGGGGUUUCAUUGUUCACCCCCUUUGCUGAUUCUUUUGGACGCCUUCAUCCUCAAAAAGAGCACACUGCUUUUCAUGUUUCACAACUAUCAUUCUGGAUUGAGUGUAUGUGGUUUCUUUUCAUAAAUGUUGGAAAUGGUGAGAUUAAAACUGAGUGGAAAAUAUUUGCUUCAGUUCCUUGAGGGUGAGUUAGAUGUCUAAACAAGAGGGAAGUCUGAGAAAGCCUUGGAUGAUGCAGUGUAAAAAACCUGACUAAAAUACAUAAAGCACAGACACCAGAGAUGUACUUCAAGAGUAUGGAGACUUAUGCUAUCAGGCUAAUAAACAAUGUAAAGAAAUCAUAGCAAAAGAGAGUAUAAGGACUUUCAGGUAGUGUUUUAUCUUUAGGAUCUUUGACAGAAGCAUUUUGGUUUGUAUCCAACAACUGUUUUCUCCAAUUGGAAGGAUGUUUCUGCCAGCAGAAGGGGUGGAGACAAUUUCUACUAAUUCCCCACCACCACCAUCGCACACACAUACAUCGUGCCUAGGCCACUUCCUAGGGUCCCUGUGGACUACAGCAGGAAGUGGAGAGGGAAAUCUGGUUCUCAUUGGAUUGCAAGCUCUUAUUCUAGGAAUGUUUGAGAGAAAGAGAACAUGAUUAUAUAGAAGGAUCUGUUGAGAGUCAUUCAUCCAGUUGAUCACAAGAGUAUAGCAGAAGUAAAACUUGUCUGGAAGGACCAUUAUUUAAAUCUAUACCAUCUUGGAUAAGCAGUAAGUUGUUCUGUUGUCUAAAGAAAUGUUCCUUCAGAGUCUAAAAAAAUGCCCUGUUGAGAGGAUUUACAGGUGCUAUCGUACAUGUAAUAAAUAUAAAGAGAAGUAAAAAGGGGACAGAUUACACUAAAGAGCAAUGUAAAGAAGUCAGUAUGAUAUAUGGAGAGGAUGAAGGGAAAGUACGUAAUAUCAGCUGCAGGAUAUAAACACCCUGUGAGAUGACUGUUGGUAUAAUGUGUUUGUGACAUGGCAGUAGAUACUAUAAAUAAUAGAGACUAAAGGUAAUGUAAUAGAUUUAUGUAAAUCCAGGAAAAGAAACACCAAAAGUUUUGACUUUAAAAAUGAAAGGUCUGUAAGAGAUGGUUACAUGGAAAAGCAGGAGCAGAGCAUUCUUCUUAAGGGGGUAUGAAGGAUGGUGUAACUCUUGAGAAAGCAAACGCAGAUUCACUGAUGUAUAAAAAUGUGUUGGAUUGUGGAACACGCCACCCUUAGCUGAGUGGGGUGGAAGGACACAACAUUGGCAUAAGGCUGACAGAGGAGCCUCUUGUAUUGGCAAGACACACCUUGUACAAACAAACUUGAUGCUUGUAGCUGAGCAGAAUGGCAGGACACAGCCCACUGAAACCUAAUCAUAGAAAGCUCUGAAAUGAAAUAUAAACAACUGUUUCGGAACAGAAUAUCCUGUAGUGCAAAUGAAAUUUAGUGCAUAAUUGGGUUAGUUAAUGCUCUAGUCUGUCUUUGAUAAACUGGAUUUGUAUAUGUGUUCGAUGACUUACUCUCUACUUCUGGCCUGUUGUCUGGAAUUGCAUUUGGUGAGAGUGUGAGCAGCCAUGGUAUUAAAUUGGCUGGCGGUCAGGAGCCUUAAAGGGCAUUUAUCAGAAUGUCAUAUUGUUAAAAUUUGCUGUAACUGGCAUGCAAGUCCAGCUCUUCGCUAGAAUUAAAAUUAUCCAGAUGUUUUGGGCACUCUCA